UAACUUGAUGUUGAAGAUGGAGGUACGAUAGGGUACGAUGUUGGGUACGAUGUGUGCCCGAUAGUGGGAACAAAUGGUUGUGUUGUUAUAAUCCGAUGGUGUACGAUGUGAGGUACGAUUGUGCACGAUAAUGUUAUAGUUCCAGUUUUUCAUUGGUGUCCGAUAUGGUGCGAUAGUGUCCGAUAGUUGCUCGAUAGUAUAUUGCAGAAUAUAAAAUUUGAUGUUUUUUUUUGUUAUUCUAUUUAAUUGGGUAUUUAUUUGUUUUAUGCAGAACUUAAGACCUCCACAACUGAUAGUUCCAGUAGAGGAACAUUUUACGGGACGUAUCACUUGGCGCGACAGUUGGUACUUUCCAAAGAUUAAAGCAAAAUUUAUACAGUGUGGUUUAUUGGAUAGGGUGAAGGAAUCCCCUUUCAAACAGUUCUUCAUGGCGGAACCAUUAAAUUUUUCUGGUGCCUUAGUCCAUCAGCUGUUGUUGCACAAAUUCAGAGGGGAGAAGACUGACGAAGUCCAGUUUUAUAUUGGGAAAAAACGAUGUAGAUUUAGCCAAUUGGAGUUCGCUUUAGUUACUGGUUUAAAUUUUGAGGCCGGACCGUCUGAAGCUGAGAUUAAAGCGAAGACCACUUCGGAUCGGUUGAUUCUUGAGUACUUCAAUGGUCAUUCCCCAGUGAGCAUAGGGCAACUGCGCAGAACUUUUGAGAGUUGUCAAAUAGUUGAUGAUGUGUACAAGAUGGGUUUGUGCUUAUUAGUUGAGGGUGUUUUGAAAGGUCGUGAGGAGAAGUUGAUGGUUUGGACUGACAUGCUGAAGAUGGUAGACGACGUUGACUUCUUUUUCCAGUACCCGUGGGGGAAGAUAUCAUACCAGAAGUUGUUACAAACUUGUCAAAAAGACUUUGUUGAAAUGAAGAAGCAUUUACAGAAGAAGAUUGAGAAAGGAAAGACUCAGAAGGAGGCCAAGUACUCUAUUUAUGGGUAUGCUGCAGCAUUGUAGUAUUGGGCUUUUGAGUCCAUCAUUGAGUUGGGUCAGGAUUAUGCUGUGAGAUUGGGCCAAGGCAUUCCAAGAAUGAUCAACUGGCAGAGCAAGGAGAAAGUAGAGAUACACAAAGAGCAACUUAUUAAAUUGUUUGCCAAAGAGUUGACAGUAUACCCCUACCUGUGUGCCCGACCUGCUGAAGAACAGUAUGUGAGGACCCUUACAGACAAUGAAGCCCCAUUGUAUGUGGACAUGGGGUUAGAGGAACUAGAGGUGGGUCCCGAUGGACAGCCUACACAGGAAGCCUUACAGAGCCAGGCUGAAAAGCUUGCUGAAAAGUUAGCUGAGCAAGCAGAAGCAGCAAAUAUUUUUAAGGAGGUUCCACCAGCUCAACCUGAGGCACCUGAGGUUCCCCCAUCAACACCUCAUGCCAGCACCUCCUCCCAAGCUGAGCAACCAGGCUACUCUAUGAUUUUUGGCCAGGUUGGAAAAGGUUGA